AUCUUGGCUAGGAGUGAGAAAGAGAGAGAGAGACUCCGGCUAGCUACUGGAACAAAUCUACCGACUGCUGUUGGACAAACUACUUUUUAAAAAAGACCGGCGGAAGUUUGAUUUUUGAAAGUAAAUCGAAGUAGUUAUGUCCAGUAAAUCGACGCCGCGGCUCGCCAGGUCUAUUUUAGAUGGUUUUCAAGUCCAUCCGACCAAGUUUGUUCGUGGGAACCUAAAACAAGGAAAUGCAAGACAUGUUGGUCCUGGUGGGGUACUGGGGACCUUGAGAAAGCCCAGUUUAUCCCAGUGUGCCCCCUCCUACAUCAAGACCCCCCACCGAAGCUUCAUCAACUUGGCCGCUCCCAUCAGCAGUCGUAGAACUGAGUACGCAGAGAGCCGCACCAUUGGGUUCACGCCCGAGCAGAUGUACGGCGUGGUGGCCAGCGUGGAGCAGUACCAGCACUUUGUACCCUGGUGCAAGAAAUCCCGUGUCGUCAAGGGGCGCACGGGUGGCGACCUCCACGCCGAGCUGGAAAUCGGUUUCCCGCCCUUGGUGGAGCGCUAUACGUCUGAAGUCACCGUUAUUCCGAACCACCAAGUCAGAGCUUUGUGUACUGACGGGUCCCUGUUCAGCCAUCUUGAAACAGUGUGGAGGUUCGCACCUGGACCCAAAAACAUACCCGAGUCCUGCAAAGUGGACUUUUAUGUGUCGUUUGAGUUCAAGUCGCUGCUCCACUCUCGCCUGGCAAGUGUUUUUUUCGACGAGGUGGUCAAGCAGAUGGUGUGCGCUUUUGAGUCCCGGGCGGCGGCGCUCUACGGGGGUCAGAAGGAGCGCCCUUGAGGAAGGGUUUGUGGUGACACCCCCCUUGUUGCUCUGCUCUUUUUGCACUCAGUUUCACUUUGGCUAAUUUUGUAUUUAUUUGUAGUCUCUAGCUAAUUUAUUUCACAAAUGUCUUCUAUACUUUUUACUUAGUAGUUUUUUCAAUUAAAAUCUUCAAAUUUUCUCAUGUACUCUUAAGAUAUUUUUCCAACAUACAAUAUAUUAAAAGCACACCGUAAUGUUUACACAGUAUUUUAUACAAGCAAAAUUUUAACAUGGAUUUCGGACGGUGAGCGAUGCCGAGCAGAAGGUUUCUCCGUGCUGGUUAGCGGCUUUGCAGGUAUAAACGUUGGCGUCUUGAGGUCCGACUUUGGUCAGGAUCAACGUGCAGCGGCCGUCUUCCUCGUACUCGAUUUGGACGGCAGGCGACUCUUCCACAGGCUCCCCCCCGCACAGCCAUACCACAUCCGGGUCAGGAUAUCCUAAAUAGAUUGCAGAAAGGAAUAAUCAGAUAAUAAUUUAAAAACCUUCAAGGAACCCAACACUAAGUUUUUGUAAACAUCAUAGUUGAAACCUAGCGUAUGAGAUUGCAGGGGUCGCUGUGUUUAAUAUUUUGGGGGCUCCGGAACGGACUAAUUAGAUUUACAUUAUUAUUUAUGGGAAAACUUGCCUUGGUUAGAGUCCGUUUUGGUUACCCAACCCAACAUGCUGGUUUUGGAAACUAAAAGCAAAAGUUUUUGUAAACAUCACAGUUGAAACCUAGCGUAUGAGAUUGCACGGGUCGCUGUGUUCAAUAUUUUUGCGGCUCCGGAACGGACUAAUUAGAUUUACAUUAUUAUCUAUGGGAAAACUUGCCUUGGUUAGAGUCCGUUUUGGUUAUAGUCGGACUUCUGGAAUGUUAACCACAGCACCACUGUAGACAAUUUGCUCCUUAUAGAACCUCAUAUAUAUUUUUGUAAACAUUGAACAUAUACUGUAUGUGAUCAGGAACCCAACAUGCUGGUUUUAGAAACUAAAAGCAAAAGUGUCAUCACUGAAAAAGGUGUAAGUUUUUGUAAACAUCACAGUUGAAACCUAGCAUAUGAGAUUGCACGGGUCGCUGUGUUCAAUAUUUUGGCGGCUUCGGAACGGACUAAUUAGAUUUACAUUAUUAUCUAUGCGAAAACUUGCCUUGGUUAGAGUCCGUUUUGGUUAUAGUCGGACUUCUGGAAUGUUAACCAAAGCACCACUGUAGACAAUUUGCUCCUUAUAGAACCUCAUAUAUAUUUUUGUAAACAUUGAAGUCUAGGCCUACCUGUGAGGUGACAGGAUAGGUGGGCACUGGAUCCUACAGAGACCGUCUGGUCUUGUAGGGUCUUGGUGAAUUUGGGUGGUCCCUGCAUCUUGCGCUCCAAAGAGAUAAGUGCGUCUUCUGUCUCUGGUGUCAACGGGGAGUCUGACCCAGGAAGGAAGGAGGUCAAAUACCAGGAAGGCACAAUAGAAACAAAGAAUGCGUCACCUUCGGAGGGGCUGGUGGGCGACGCUGAGCCCUCCCCUUUGCUCAGCAACGUCAUUCUCUUCAACGCCAGCAUGGCCUUGCCUGCUUUCUAUAAGGACGCAGUUGAUGAAAGCCACCUGAAAAACAUCUCAGAUGUUCCUCACCUUCCAUUUCUGCCUGGCAAGGAACCUUUUCAUCUUCUCCUUGGGAAGACUCUUGGUGGAGGCGGGGUCUUCUGAGUCAAAGGCCGCCAUCCACGGGUGAGUCAGGGCGUCUUCGCAUGCCAUCCGUCGUCUAGGAAACGCACCCAUCCAUUAGGUGGAGGAUUAGUGGAGGUGUAUCUAGAGGAGAGCUCACCUGGGGUCUUCCUCCAGCAGCGAGCUGAUGAAAUCUUUGGCCUCAUCGGUGAUCUCCUCAAAGCUCUCCUCGUCAAACUCCCACUGAGCUGCUGUGACCAAUGCCAGGGUGUCGGCGUCGCUGCUUCCCUGGAAGGGCGACUCACCACUUAAUCUAAAAAAACACGCACACACACAAUUAUUAUAUGAAUAUUGUGAGAUUUUGUAGGAUUUUGUGCAAAACACACACACAAAUUUUAGAUACUACUACUACAGUAUUAUUAUGUAUGUAUUGUUAGCCGAGGUCAGUAAGAUUUUGUGUAAAAAACAUUCACAAAAAACAUAAAUGUUGGAUAUUACAGGUAUUAUAUGACUAUUAUGAGAUUUAGUAGGAUUUUGUACCAAAAAAAAAACUGAAAUGUUGGUUACUACAGGUAUUAUCACAAGAGUAUUGAGAUUUUGUAGGAUUUUUGUACAAAAAAACCCCCGAAAUGUUGGUUACUACAGGUAUUAUCAUAAGAGUAUUAUGAGAUUUUUUAGGAUUUUGUACCAAAAAAACUCUGAUAUGUUGAUUACUACAUGUAUUAUCAUAAGAGUAUUAUGAGAUUUUGUAGGUUUUUGUACAAAAAAAUCCUGAAAUGUUGAUUACUACAAGUAUUAUUAUCAGAAUAUUAUGAGAUUUUGUAGGAUUUUGUAAGAAAAAAACUGAAAUGUUGGAUACUACAGGCAUUAUCAUAUGAGUAUUAUGAGAUUUUGUAGGAUUUUUUUUACAAAAAAACUCUGAAAUGUUGGUUACUACAGGUAUUAUCAUAAGAGUAUUAUGAGAUUUUGUAGGAUUUUGUACCAAAAAACCCUGAAAUGUUGGUUACUACAGGUAUUAUCAUAAGAGUAUUAUGAGAUUUUUUAGGAUUUUGUACAAAAAAACCCUGAAAUGUUGGUUACUACAGGUAUUAUCAUAAGAGUAUUAUGAGAUUUUGUAGGAUUUUGUACAAAAAAAACCCUGAAAUGUUGGUUACUACAGGUAUUAUCAUAAGAUUAUUAUGAGAUUUUUGUAGGAUUUUGUACAGAAACAUGCAAAAAAAACUGAAAUGCGGUUACGACAGGUAUCAGAUGAGUAUUAUGAGAUUUCAUUGACAACCACGUGUAUUAGUAUAGUAUGAAUAUUAUGAGAUUUAGUAGGAUUUUUGUACAAAGAAACAUAAAUAUUAGAUUCUACUACUAUAUUGUGUAUAUUCAUGAAUUUCUCUUGGAGAUAAAUAGAGUAUAGUUUAUGGUUCAAUGUUGACCUUUCCCUUGAACAAAGAGGACUCACAGGAUGUAGCAGAUGACCCCGAUGCUCCACAUAUCUGUGGCCAAGCACACGGGCUCGUAGUUGAUCACCUCCGGGGCGACAAACUCUGGAGUCCCCUGCAUCACCCUCAGAGGGCUCCUGUUAUCUGUCAGUCAAAUUAUGAUGAGUGGCGGAGCUAUGAGGACAUUCCAGGAUUCCAGCAUUCCAUGUACCGAGUUGGGUGGCCAAUCCGAAGUCUAUAAUCUUGAUGGCGGUGCCGGUGGUGUCCACGCAGACAAUGUUCUCAGGUUUGAGAUCCAGGUGGACGAUGCUCUGCCGGUGCAUGAAGGAGACGCCCUGCAGGAUCUGCUGCAUGUAACGCACGCUGGCGGGCUCCGUGUGCUCGAAGCUGUCGUCCACGAUGCGCUCAAAGAGUUCGCCGCCUGCGAUGCUGCACACACACACACACACACACAGCAAGACACACCUCGUAUUUCAUAGUUUUUAUCGUUAAGGUGAUAGGCCAUUUUUUUAAAUGCUUGUAAAUUCCGACUUCCACAACUUUGUAUCCAAUGGCCUUUUAUUGUUAUUGUAAGAUUCCGACUUAU